AUAAAACUCUCAUAAAUGGUGAAAGUGCACGACGACCUCCCACCAUCGAUGGCGGACCCUACCGCGACAUCCCCCACCACCUCAUCCACACCCUCCACCUCCUCUAUAACCCGUUACGUCCCCUCGCGCAAGUCACGCCCCUUUAAAUCACUCCACCCAAACUCCUACAAGAACUCCCACUCUAAUUUCUGCGUGGAUCCAUCGGCAUUCUCCUCCCUUAACCCCAUCCACCUUCACAACGUCCACAACCCCCCUUUCCACUACUUCAUUCACCACCACCACUGUCCGUUUCCCCCGCCUCAGUGCGCGGAGAUGUGCAACGGGGGCGUGAUCAGCAUGAACGGCGAAGGGGGCGUGGCUAUGGCGAACGGGGGCGUGUCCUCGGGCGCGGCGACCAGUGGCGCGCCGGCAAAGUUCUAUUUCGGGCCGGGAUUCGAGCCGCAGAGGGCGGGGUUUUACGCGGCCGGUCCUGGACCGUCGUCCGCGAGUGCUCAGGGUCGGACUAGGGAGGAAUAUGUGGUGUAUUUGCACGUGAAUCCGGGAGUUACAAUCAGUUUGACGAUGGGUGAUGGAAAUGUAGAAGUAUUAAGAGGUCCUGUGACGGUACCAAUGGUAUCCACCAACUCCUCCCCGCCAAUAGCAAUGCCGGUCCAGGUACCACCGGGUCACGUGGUGCAGCAAAUAGUCGACGAGAACGGUACGCUGCGUCACGUGAUAUUGUCACCGUCUCAUCACCCUCCCGGUUUGUUGUCACUUCCUUCACACAAUCCGCAACAUUAUGGUAGCGGUGGUCCAGGGAGCGGAAGCAACCAGUCCCAACAGUACUACCCAGGAGGGAUAGCCGGUUUCCCGCCACAACCCUACCAUACCAUGCAGGGCCCUCACCCUAUACCUAGUCCAACGCAUUUAGGGCAUUCGCCACCCCCCAACCCAGCGUAUUAUAAGGAUGAGAGAGCACAAAGGCAGCAUAUAAAAUUAAAAAAGAAACUCCAAGAAAAGCAUCAAAAAGGGCCAGAAUUAUCACCUAGAAAAGAUUUAGUCAACGGCCUCAAACGGAGUCCUACAGGGUCAACGAAAGAUAAGGGUAUGAAUAGUGUAGGUACGAGCGAAGAUGGAGAAGAGAGCAGUGUGCCUGAUGAGGAAGAUUCCGUACAGGUGGUAACGGAUGUUUUAUCAUCAGUGCAAGCACCAAAGGUUUUAGAACUAAGUUCCCGUAGUGCCUUAUUGCAGUGGGCGCCCCCGCUGCACCUGUCCGAAUCCGUAAGCAACGACAGCGGCACCAACGAGAUCGACAUAUCCGAAACGGAUUUGCGGUACGAGGUGUUGCUGAGCGACAAAAGUAGGGAGAUGAAAUUCAAGUCAAUUUACAACGGAUCCUCGCAUUCCUGUGAAUACAAGUAAGAUUUAAAACCUGGCCAAGAAUACUCUGUAUGUUUGCAAGUACAUUUGGAAUUGCAAGGAUACGCCACUGACCCUGUGAAAUUCGUAACGCCGGCCUGUGAACCUGACCAGCCCUUGCCGCCAAAACUAGGAGCCAAGACUAAGAAUUCAUUACAACUCAGGUGGAACCAAGUAAACGACAAUGGAGCUAGAAUACUCUUCUAUAGCCUAGAAUACGAUGCUGGGAAAGGAGGCGAAUUCGAAGAGAUCCAUAAAAGUAGGGGAAAGACGCAGUUUAAUCUGCAAAAACUGCUACCCGCCACUGCCUAUAGGUUUAGAUUAGCUGUAGUGAACGAGGUGGGGAAGAGUGCUUACUCUGACACUGUAACUUACAGAACCACAGAGAACCCGCCAGCUCAACCCGAUGCUCCGACACUGAUAGAGGCCACCGUCUCAACGCUUCACUUGAAAUGGAACCACCGGCCUAAAGAUGACGAGUUCGUGCUUCAAAUGAACGAUCCCAAAACCAAGUACGGCCACAUGAACGUUUACAACGGACGGGAGACGUACUACAUCUGCCAGAGACUUAGCUGUUACAGUGAUUAUACUUUUAGGUUAAAAGCUAAUAACGAGGGUGGGACGUCACCAUGGUCCGAAGAAGUUACUUUUAGGACCAAACCUGAUAGACCGGAUAGGCCCUCUAAACCUGUAGUCAAGGGCAGGAUACAUGCGUAUUCAUUUAGAUUAAAAUGGGAACCACCUCAUAACACUGGUGGAGCUGAUCUUGUUAGUUAUAUCUUAGAAGUCAAUUCUGGUAGCGGGUACGAACAAGUUUAUAGUGGUUCGGAAACGGAAGCUGUUUGCGAUAGGUUAACGCCAGGAACGACAUACCAAUUGAGAGUUAGCUGUGCAUCAUCUGGUGGCCAGAGUUGUCCCUCGGACCCAUGUACCGUAACGACUGAAGCGAUAGGUCCAGGCAAAUGUGGUACUCCCAAAUUAGUGGGAAAAGCUAGAGCGGAUGCUUUAACAGUGAGAUGGGCAGAACCUGAUUAUAAUGGCGGGGCACCCGUAAUAGAUUAUGAACUAGAACUGACUAAUCCCGACUCCAGUCGACUGCUAAUCCGAAAAAACAAAGAAACGGAGUGUACGAUUUCACAGGGUAUUAUUCCAGGCCAAGAAUACGCCUUUACAGUGAGGGCAGUGAAUAGGAUAUGCGCAGGCGCUUGGUCUGAUACGCUUAAAGUAGUCUCAGGUGCUGCCCCUCCCGGAGAACCUACCAAACUAACUUUAACGUGCAGGUCGGCUUUCCACGUGAGCAUAGAAUGGACCGAACCACCAAGUAAUGGUGCUCCAAUCUCGGAUUACAGGUUAGAAAUGUGCCCAGAUACGCCAGAUGAUGUUAGUCUGUUUAGCAGUAUAUACCAAGGACCUCUCGCCUGUUAUGAGGCUAAGAAUUUGUCUCCCUUUAGAAAGUAUUUCUUUAGGGUGCAGGCAACGAACUCUGCAGGUGUUGGUCCUUAUUCUCCUAUCUCCGCCACAAUCACACCAGCUGCAACGCCCUCUGCCGUUUCCAUUUUAAAAAGCGAAUCCACGCCUACCACGAUCACCCUGUGGUGGUCAGAGCCCAAUUCAAACGGAUCAGAAAUAAUCCACUACAACAUUGAUCUGGGAGACAAUGCAAUAGAGACUGACGGACCUACUACAGAGUAUAGUCUAGAAAACCUCAAACCAGAAACUCAAUAUAGAAUUAAGAUUCAAGCUGUGAACGCUGUUGGUCCAGGAAACUUUUCAUCGACUUGGAAAACGUCCACCCUAAGACUACCACCUACACCCCCUGUUUUAGAGUGCAUUGGAAGUGGACACAAUUACCUAAAGCUAAAAUGGGGAGAAGGCAAGAAUAUCGAUUAUACUCAAUUCUCCGUUGAAAUGGAGAACCUGAGAUCGAAAGAAUGGCAGUGUGUAUACAGGGGAACCGCCCUAACCUGCAAAGUAAAUAAACUACAUGAACUGACAACUUACAGGUUUAGGAUAAAUGCCAGUAACGACGCUGGAAUAGGAGACUUCUCUGAAGAGUACCAAUUCAGUACGGGCAUUGCACCUCCUUCCGUACUAAAGAUGCCCAAGGUCACUGAAAUCGAACAAAGAACCUGUACCAUCGAAUGGCUUCCUUCGAAAAACGGUUUUAGCGAUCCUAUCAUCUACCAAGUCCAAAUUGCCAGACUAAAAGAGCAAGUGUAUAAACAGGUAAAUCGCACCUCCGAAACCAAAUGCCACAUAGAAAACCUCGAACCGGGCGUGGAGUACUGUACCAGAGUCUGCCCGAUUCGGGUGACGUCAACCAGUGAACUGCCAGGCCCGUACUCGCCUACGCUAAAUGUCACCACCAUAUCGGCGGACGUGUCGGCUGUCACAAAAAUGACACCCAGCGGCAACUGCAGCAGUACCGCGCACCACGUGUUCAAACACAGGACUUUAGCGACCAGCCUGUUCCAAGGAGUAUCACUAAAGAAAUUCUACGAGGAAAACCUGGUUUCUAUUUGGGCGGUACUACUUACUGUAGCUGCUAUAGUUAUGUCUCUGUGCAUAGCCUCGUUUUUGUAGGAGGUAUAAGAUGUUUAGUUCUUUAUUUUUAUAUGACACACGUUCGAGGCGUAAUUGUUAGGUUAGUGCAAGUCAAAAGGUCGCCUAAAAACUUAAAAAUCAGAAAUAAAUGUCAAUUAUACUGUAUAGAGAUCUGUACUAACCCCAGAUAUGGAAAGAAAGGAAGUACUGCAUCCCUUCAAGACAUUUAAUUAUUAUUUUAUAGAAACCUAGCUCAAAUUGAUUGUUUUUUCUUGUUGUUAUUUCAUGUUUAAAACAUAUUGCUUCAAAAAGCACAGGAAUGUUUUUAGAUCAAUUUUGGACUCAAUUUCAAUCUGACAUUUUGAUCUAAUAAUUUUAACUUCCAAUAUCAGCUGAUUUAAAAAUAUAUACAGGGUGGUCCGAACUGUAUUCCGGAAACUUCGGCAGCAUAUUCUGCAGAUAAGAAUAAGUAAAAAA